GGGGGGCGCAUGUCUGACGUCGGAUGACCCGCCGCCCCCGGAGUGCGGAGGGGGCUGAGAAGCAGUCGGGCUUCAGGUACCCGGCUGUAACAACACGCAGCCGCGCGGCCCCGGUUACCAUGGCUCUCGGUCCCGCGCCCGGGUUCUGAAGCGCGAGCCGAAGCGGGCUGAAUCCUCGCCGCCGCGAGCCGCACAGCUGGCGCGUUCCGGUCGCGAGCCGCACUACCGCUUCUCUCCCGUCGCCGGACAGGGCUGGUAGACUGCUAAGCGGCUAACUGGCUAACCGAACGGCUAGCUAGCUAGCCGCGUAGCCGGCAAGCCGUGUGGACGGUGUCCGAAAAACGAAGAAAAGAGAGAGAGCUAUUUCGUGGUUGGCGGUUGCGGAGUGGGGGUUUAGUUGCAGCCAGUCCGUUAGCAUGCUGCUCUGUGUUUAAAGGUACAGCCGGGUAGCCGCUACCCGUCAUGGUAGCUCAGACCGAGUGAGGGAGCAGCGAGUAGCCAGCCGGCUAACACAAAGACUCUGCGGAGCCUUUGUCCCUCCUCACUUCAAGCUGGCCGCGGUUGGAGGACUGUAAACCUGAAUUUGUUUGCCGGUUCGUAAGGUCCGCAGAUUGUCUCGAUGCCGUUAAUAUCGUCGUAUUCGCUCCGGUCAGUUUUAUCGGCGUUACGGUAGUUUGUGCUCAACUAGCUGGCUAGCUGGCAGUCUGCGGGGGUCUUUGUGUGAACAGCUGCGUAUUUGCCAGCUGGCGGGGCUAAUAGAGCAUUGCUCCGGAUAAAUACGCUCUUUUCCACAUAGACACUCUUACUGGGUACAUGUUAGGUCAGGAAACACGUUACAAAAUUGUCGUGUUUCUUCACAGAAAUAUUCAUCGUCUCACAGUAGCUCAAAAACACUAGCAUUAGCCCAGCUAGUGGGUACCCGUGCACGGUGCGUAGGACUCAGUUUUUAUACUAGGUCCAGAAGUGGGUCCUGCGCAGCGUCGCUCUCCCCCUGCCCUUAGCACUACGGGUUUGGGCUUAGUGCGGUCUCACUCCCUGCGUGCUUAUCGGUUCGCCUGGAAGUUCAGGUCUCCGAGCAGACCCCCCCCAUCUGUUGCUGUCAUGGCCUUCGAGCGGAGUCCCGUUCGGGGCUGUACUGGGCUCCUCUGGCUCCUGAUCGCCGCCACCACCUUCGCCGGGAAUGCCAUUUGUGCUCAGCACAAUGACAACGUGUACGUGUCAGGCCUCUCCAGUGCCUGCGGAGAUGUGGCCGAGCAGAUAAGGGCUUCAAGUGGGGUGAUCACGAGUCCAGGCUGGCCCUUCGAGUACCCAUCCAGAAUUAACUGCAGCUGGAACAUCCGAGCCAACCCUGGGGAGAUCAUCACCAUCAGCUUCCAGGACUUCGAGGUCCAGAGUUCUCGCCGCUGCGGGUCUGACUGGGUCUCCAUCGGCACAUACAAGAACCUGGACGGCUACCGAGCUUGUGGCUCCUCCAUCCCGGCCCCAUACAUCUCCUCCCAGGACCACGUGUGGAUCAAGUUCCACUCCGAUGACAGCCUGACCGGAAAGGGUUUCCGGCUGGCUUACGUAACAGGCCGCCCGGAGGAGGUCAGCUGCGACUCGGAUCAGUUCCACUGCGCCAACGGGAAGUGCAUCCCGCAGAGCUGGAAGUGUAACACCAUGGAUGAGUGUGGCGACGACUCAGACGAGGAGCUCUGCGCCCCCACCGACCCGUCAGCCACCUUCUCCUUCCAGCCCUGCGCCUACAACCAGUUCCCGUGCCUUUCCCGCUACACCCGCGUCUACACCUGCCUGCCAGAGUCGCUCAAGUGCGACGGCAGCAUCGACUGCCAGGACCUGGGUGACGAGAUUGACUGCGACGUGCCCACAUGCGGCGAGUGGCUGCGUAACUUCUACGGCACCUUCAGCUCGCCCAACUACCCUGACUUCUACCCCCCGGGCAGCAACUGCACCUGGCUCAUCGACACGGGCGAUCACCGCAAGGUUCUGCUGCGCUUCACCGACUUCAAACUGGACGGAACGGGCUACGGCGACUUUGUCAAGAUCUACGAUGGGCUGGAGGACAACCCGCGUCGUCUUCUGCGGGUGCUGACCGCCUUCGAUUCACGCGCGCCUGUCGCCGUGGUGUCAUCCUCCGGACAGCUACGCAUCCACUUCUACGCGGACAAGAUCAAUGCAGCGCGGGGCUUCAACGUCACCUACCAGGUGGACGGCUUUUGCCUGCCCUGGGAGAUUCCCUGCGGAGGCGACUGGGGAUGCUACACGGAGCAGCAGCGCUGCGAUGGCUUUUGGCACUGCCCCAAUGGCCGCGACGAGCUCAACUGCAGCUCCUGCCGGGAGGACGAGUUCCCCUGCUCGCGUAACGGGGCCUGCUACCCCCGCUCUGACCGCUGCAACUAUCAGAACCGCUGCCCCAAUGGCUCGGAUGAGAAGAACUGCUUCUUUUGCCAACCGGGCAACUUCCACUGCAAAAAUCAUCGAUGUGUGUUCGAGAGCUGGGUGUGCGACGCGCAGGAUGACUGCGGCGACGGCAGCGACGAGGAGAGCUGCCCUGUCAUCGUGCCCACGCGCGUCAUCACUGCCGCUGUUAUCGGGAGCCUCAUCUGCGGCCUGUUGCUGGUCAUCGCCCUGGGCUGCACCUGCAAGCUCUACUCACUCCGUAUGUUUGAGAGAAGGUCUUUUGAGACCCAGCUGUCCCGGGUGGAGGCGGAACUUCUGAGAAGGGAGGCUCCACCGUCUUACGGCCAGCUGAUCGCCCAGGGCCUCAUCCCUCCUGUGGAGGACUUCCCGGUGUGCUCUGGUAACCAGGCUUCCGUCUUGGAGAACCUGAGGCUGGCUGUUCGUUCUCAGCUGGGCUUCACCUCCAUCAGACUCCCCACCUCUGGUCGCCAUGGCAACCUCUGGAGGCGUCUGUUCAACUUCACCCGUUCGCCUCGCUCCGGCUCUCUGGCAUUGGUUUCGGCCGACGCAGAGGAGGCCACCGGGAGCUCGGCCCGUGAGCCGGAGCGGACCGGGCCCCUACGGAGCCUGCUGCCCCUUGACUCAGAUGACACAGACACAGAGAGCGACCGGCGGGAUGCUCCCGGCGCUGUGGGCGGCCUCGUGGCUCCUCUGCCCCAUAAGACACCACCUGUAUCUGCUGUGGAGGCCAUCGUGUCUGUGUCGGCGAGCACCGCUGACCCCCCGAGGGUGGCCGGCCCGGGGGAGGCUGCAGUGGAGAGUGGGCCCGCAGAGCCCCCUUCUGGUAUCCCUGGGAGGAGCCAGCUCAGCAGUGCACUAAGCCGGGUCACGCGCAGCUUGCGCUGGGUCCGCUUCUCCUUGGGUCGUUCCGGAGGCGGUAGCCAGAACCGCAGCCCACUGCACCACCUGGACCACGGCAGUGGUGCUGGCGCCGGCCACGAAGAGGAGGACGACGUGGAGAUGCUCAUCCCCGUGUCAGACGGCACCUCUGACAGUGACUUGAGUGAGAGCUCCCGGCCGCUGCUGGAGCCCGGGGCCCUGUCGGCCCCCCUGGUCCCCCCCGCUGCCGCUGGCAUGCAGAGGGUAAGGCCGCCCGGUCGUGACGGGCCCUGCGAACACUGUGGCAUGGUCCACACCGCACGUAUCCCGGAUGCCUGCCUGCAGGCCAUCCCCAAGACUGAGACAAGCGAUGAUGAGGCGCUGCUGCUGUGCUAGGGCGCCCCCGUCGCCCCCGAAGUCCCCUGCCGUCAGGGAGGCAUCACGGUUUCUGCCUUUUGAAAUUUUACGUGCAACGUUCUUCACAAAAAUAGCCAGCGGUCCCUAACGCGAACGGUACACAUCACAUGCCGGUACGUUCCUGUCCUGAGAUGCCCCCACCCUUGCAGAGGGCCCACUGCCUGUACGGUCACACACACCUGGUCACUAAGCGGUCAUCGACCGGCCGAGAAAUGUGCCACGCAGAUAAUGUCAGGCGAAAGCAGAUCCCCCAAUUUCUCACCUUUAUUCAGUUGAUUCAUGGCUUUUAUUUCUUCCCCAUUAUUGUUUGGAGAGUUGCCAGCGAAAGGGGUCCGAGGGAUAAUUGGGGAAACCCUCGCAACGUGUGACGUUCACUGACCUUUAUUGUAUUUAUUGUUUUGUUACUGAAAGCUUUGGUAACCUUGAUGUUUUGGUACGGAAAUUAUUUGUGUGCGUAUUUAUUUGUUUUCAUUUUGGUAGCUGUUAUUUGGGAAGCAUGUUAAAUUGUCUUGUGCAUUUUCGUUAAGUGAUAUAUUGAACAAAUAUAUAUGUGACUGUUUACUGCACUAAAAACAGCUAUAAUAAAACGUACUCUGCCCGCGUG